AUGUUUUCUCAAGUCCUGGACAGUGGAAAUGCUUCUGACACCUUCUCAGCCGCAAAUAGGUUGAAGCAGGGCAGAGGAAUGCGUCGUAUCCUGUUCAGCAUGAUGUCCUCAGCUGGAUUGGCCAAGAUGAACGCAGACCAAGAAAAGACUGGCUUCGACAUACAACACAGAUGUUUGAUCUACUCAGCCUGUGUCUUCACCUCAGCAGCCCUGAUGUCGGCUUAUGUAGCAGCAGUUGCUUUGCACCACGUCCUCGCAUUAAGGGCAGAAAUCUCUUCGAUGAGGGAGGAGCUGGAGACCUACAAAUUCCAACUAGACCAUUUAGCUAAAGGGACCAAGGGGCUAGCAGUGAACGGGAGCAGCACAGUCAAUCAGGUCAGUGAAUUUCUGACAACAAAGUUGCACAGCGGUGAGAAAUUAAGUGAUGGAGAAGUGAAAUUUCGAAGCAGAAGGUCACUUCCUGAGCAAACCCAGCGGUCGUUUGUGCAACUGAUUGCAACAAAUGACCAAAGGCCAGUCGUGAGAGCCAGCAAUUGUCAAAGAUGCAUCCCAGGGAGGCAUCAACAAACCUGUCGAGUUGAACGAAGAUCUGUUUUGAACCAGAACCAGGCAGAGGAGACAAUUGUCCCAUGGAUUCUUAGCUUGAGAAGAGGAAAUGCUCUCGACAAAAAAGAGAACAAGAUCUCUGUGAAAGAAGCUGGUUUCUUUCUGAUUUAUAGUCAAGUGUGGUAUAAGGACAAUAUCUUUACAAUGGGACAUUUCAUUAAAAGAAUCAAGGCCAACAUUGUUGGCAACGAGCCACAGACCUCAAUUCUAUUUCGAUGCAUCCAAAACAUGCCUGCCUGUUGUCCAAAUAAUUCUUGCUUCACUGCUGGUGUCGCAAAGCUUGAAGUAGGGGAUGAGCUUGAACUUGUAAUACCACGACUGCAAGCCCAUGUUGCAUUAAAUGGAGAUGGGACAUUCUUUGGAGCGAUACAACUGAUAUAAAUGUGGUCCAAAGCAUUCAAGGCAAAGUAACUCAGAAUGUCAGGAGAAAGCUCUGCCAAUAGUGAUUCCUUCUUAGCUCGUGUAGACAAAUGGCCCUAAGUUUUUCUUCGCUUUGGAAAAAUCAAACAAAUUUCACCUUUGAUUACACAAACAGGAGAACAAAACAAACAGUUGAAAAUAGAACGGCAGUUACUAUCUUCACAAUGUUUCAGCUGUUGUCUGCAAAGCACAGUUGAAGGGAAUUGUCAUUGGAUUUGAAUAGAGUAAUCUCACCCAAUGUGCCAUCCCGUUUUGCAUUUGGAGGAAAUUGAGUAUACAUGAUUCAGAGAAGUUAGUCCAGAAUUUGCCAAACCACAAGAAGCUAAGAUGCAAGGCAACAUCCUGUAUCUCUAUGGUUUGCAGUAGCUAAAUUACGGACAUCUCACCGAAGGAAGCUCACAGCCUGCAAGAAGCAAAGCCUAUCUGAGAAAUAGGAUGAGCCAAAUAAAUGCUGGAGGAAGACACCCAUGAAGAUUCAACAUAGCCAAAGUGCUGCCAGUGAAGAACAGCGGUAUACAUCCAGUGAGGGAAAUACGUCUGAUGACAAAGUCAGAAUGAGAAUAUAAUGAAAAUGCCAGAGUCAAAGCCCCCUCACACAGAUGGAAUUACAGGACAUGAGAGCAUUAGAAGCUACUCCUGGAGAAUGGAGAGUGUCGACAAUAAGGGCCAGAGGACAUCAACAGAAUCCAGGCUGAAUAAGUCCACAACCUCAACUCUUGGGCAUUGACUAUGGUCAGCAGAGAGGAACUGAUGAUAUACACAUUGCAACAAGAUAAUUUGGAAGCCAGUCAAGUAAUACAUAAGCAUAGUUUAAAGAAAAAGGUCAGUAUUUUCUUAAUAUCAGUGCACCACGGCGCUAAUAUAGUGUGGCAGUAUCGCAACUGAGGUUUAAAUCUUAACUUGUGUGCAUCAAAAUUCUUCCUUCAAACUGCAGGGAGAGACAAUAGUGACUGCGACUACUGACUGUAUUUGAUGGAUAUUAAAACAGGCUAAAUUAACAAUGUCAGUAGUAUUUCACUGUGUAAUAUACUAGAGUAUCCCUUUCUAUGUCUGAAAAUUGCUGACUUCCUACAGCAAGAUCGUUUUGAGACUUGAGUGUUUCAGAGAUGCACCUUCCAUCGUACAGGACAACAUGUUAAAGGAUGGAAAGAAGCUUGAUGUAGCUGUCACAAGGAUAAAAUGGUGAACAGUCAUAAACUGAUGUCCUUCUUUCUUGGCAGUAAGUGUAAUUGAGUAUUUUGAAGCCUAAAUGUAAACACAGCAUAUUUUCUAUUCGAAUGUUUACGUAGAAGCCAGAUGUCUGAAUGAACGGGCAGAAGUUUAGAGUGAACACUACGAAAUACUGUCCUGUCAUCAAAACUUACUUGUGAAGUAUGACAUGACUUUAAUACUGCACAGAAUGUUUUAUGCCUUGUGUAUAUAUU